AUGGCCAACAUUCUUCAGAAACCUAAAUCCCAAACAACAGUUUUCUUGGACCAACCACCCAGCUGCCUCGAAUUCUGUCCAGAGCUCAGUGACCACUUUGUGGUGGGCACUUACCUCCUGUCCGAGACAAAGAAUGAAAGUGGAGAAGUGCAGCAAACCAAGACCGGGAGUGUGCAACUAUGGAAAUUAGACCCGAGCACAAGUGAGCUAUGCUUGGUACAGAGGCUAGCUCUGCCCUAUGCAGUCUUUGAUCUGCACUUCAAUCCAAGGGAGAGGAACAAAUUUGCCAUUGCAACCAGUACUGGUCUUGUGGUGCUUUUUAAUGUCUCUGAUGAUUCAAAUAACCCCACAAUCAACCAAAUUUGGACAAAACAGGUCCAUGAGGAUGAUUCCAUCCCAGCCCUGUUCCUCGCAUGGGCCCCUGAGAGCUGGUUCCCUCGACCUGCAUCUGAUGGCUUUGCUGUGACCUUCUCAGAUAGUCGAACAGCUGUGUUUGGAACAGAUAAAGAUAUUUCAGAUGUGGACGAGAUCACGGAAUGGGGCUCCUUCGUAGCACGUGAAAUGAUCGAGGUAUGGUUUGUGGCUUUGGCCACAAUGAAACAACUUCCUGCUGAUGAGGGGACAUCGUCAAAUGAUAUUAUCCCUUACAUGUUUACUGGCAAUGACUUUGGGUCACUGCAUACACGUCGCUUCGAGACUCACGGCGAACGAUCAAAUGAGACCGAAGAAUCACUCGCAUCACUACUCCUUAAUCAUGAUGAUAGGGCGCGCCACCACACAGCUGGUGUAACCUCCAUUCUACCUCUUGCAGUUCCCAUGGUGGAUGACGCGCCAAUCCUGUUGACAGGAAGCUAUGAUGAAGGGCUGCGGGUAUACCAUGCCACACGACGAGGAGAUGUCCUCGCUGAACAGGGUUUAGGAGGUGGUGUCUGGCGGUUGCAGUUGCUUUCCACAACGGAGAUCGCCAAGUCUAGCGAGACAGGUCAGGGCUUGGAGCGACGCUUUUUGGUUCUGGCGAGUUGCAUGCACGCUGGGACAAGAGUUGUGCGGGUUACUCAAACAGAGCAGGAUCAGGGUCCAUCAUGGGAUAUUGAGAUUCUGGCCGAGUUUACAGAGCAUGAGAGCAUGAACUACGCAAGUGAUGUAUGGAAGGGCGCGAAGUCGGAACAUUCGGAUGCAUUCCCAGAAUCGUCCGAGUUACUCUGUGUGUCGAGUAGUUUCUAUGACCGCCGCCUUUGUGUCUGGCGAACCCAGGUUUAA